GAGCUUGCAAGUAGGGGUCUUAACUCUUACCGGAGAAAGUUAUAAUUUUAAUUUUCCGCACCACCUUGUUAUAAUCCUUAUUUAUUUUUGGUUAUUUCUUUAUAAAAGUUCAUACUAGUCCAACUUUAAAGCUUCCAAUUCCCUUUCAAAAAAAAAAAAACAAAGAAAGAAAAAAAAAAUCUUCCGAUUCCCUCUCGCCACAUUUUUAAGGGUUCUACAGAGUGAUGUACGGCAGCCAAUUCGACGGCGCCGCCGCCUUCUCCGGCGGCGGAUUCAUGCCCUCCGAGGCCACCCAGACUCCCGACACUUCCUUCUCUCCGGCCAAGAAUCGCGACGUUCAGGCGUUGCUUCCGCUUACGGUGAAGCAGAUAAACGAUGCGAUUAUGCCGGGAAAUGAGAAAUCGGAGUUUCUCAUUGAUGGCGUGGAUGUGAACAAUGUGAAACUAGUAGGAAUUAUAUGUGACCGAGUUGGGAGAGUUUCCGAUGUCACAUUCAUGCUUGAUGAUGGUACGGGAAGGAUUGAUUGUAACAAGUGGUUUCACGAAGCCGUAGACGCAAACGAAAUGGAGGGAAUCUUGGAUGGAAUGUAUGUCUGCGCCCAUGGACGCUUGAAAAGCUUUCAGGGUAAAAGGAGCUUAAAUGUCUUCUCCAUUAGACCUGUGGAGGACUACAAUGAGAUUGCAAGCCACUUUAUUGAGUGCAUAUAUGUUCAUGUUUACAACAACAGAUCUCGGAAACUACAUGGUGGUGCAAAUACUCAGCCACAGGUGACAAAUCCAAUUAAUCAGUCAUUUGGCCAGUCUAAUACAGAUGCAUCAAAGAGCAUUGAAGAAAAGGUGUUAGAUUUUUUGCACCAUCCUAUGUGCCUUGCCAGGGAAGAGGGGGCUAGCAUUGAUUAUAUUAUCAACCAGCUGAAAAUUCCACAUGAUAAGAUCACGAUUGCGAUCGAAAAUCUUGUGAGGGAGGGAAAUGUCUACUCAACAGUUGAUGAUAAUCACUUUAAAUCAGCUAUAAAUGGUUGAGUAUUCAUGAUGAGUAGCUGACAGAACGACAGCCUAAGUUACACUUGGGUUCUCUCCUUAUCUUCUUUUACUUUUUUUACUUGUUUGAGAGUUAAUAUAACCUUUGUUUGUAUAGUUUACUAUCAUGAUAGAAUAUCAAGUAACAUUAGCACUAUAUUUUAGGAUUGGCAUGUAAUAUCUGAUAUUCUCCUCCUUUUUUAGCAUAAUGUUUUAGCAUGUUCUUUUAAAGUGUUGCAAUGCAUCACUACAUAUGAUGUAAUGAUACAACAGACGAGUAGCAUGCAAAAAGUACAACAGACGAGUCUCGUGACAAUUUUAAUAGUCACUUUUGUGAUAAUUGCAUCAUAAAGGAUAA